AUGUAUUUAAAUAUAACACCAUUGCCCAAUGUUGCAUCUUUAAGGGCUAUCAAUGAAAUAGAUUCUGGCUGGUUUGAUCCCGAUACCGAUAUCGAUGCCGAUCACAACUAUGGUAUACAAAGUAAUCCAACUGACUUUUUCCUGUACACCAGAAAUAAACCCAUGGUGGCCACCGAAAUCAAAGCACAAUACCAAUCUGUUGAACAUUCCGGUUUUGAUUCCAGCAAGCCUACAUACAUCAUAAUACAUGGUUGGAUAAGCAGUUAUACAUCAGAAUAUAUCCAGGUAAUUCCUCAUGCCAUCUUGAAGGCCUUCGAUUGCAAUGUCAUUCUUGUUGAUUGGGCUCGUGCGCGUACUUGGAACUAUGUUGCCGCAGUAGUCGCAAUACCCGGAGUUGCGUCGAAUAUUGCCGAUAUGAUUGAUUUUUUGAACGAUAAAUUUAGUUUGCCUUUUGCAACAUUGACAUUGUCAGGCCAUAGUUUGGGAGCUCAUGUUGCGGGCACCACAGGUAAAAAGGUGAAAAAUGGAAAAAUCCACACCAUUGUCGGACUGGAUGCUGCCAAACCACUGUUUUUCUACGAUAAGCCAGAUGAACGCUUGGCCAUAACCGAUGCUGUAUAUGUUCAAGCUAUUCAUACGAAUGCUGGUGAACUGGGCUUUGUAAAACCCAUAGCAAACGCGGACUUCUAUAUUAACGGUGGAUCAUAUCAGCCAGGUUGCCAAGAGUUCGGUUGUUCUCAUUUGCGCUCUGCCUAUUAUUACGCUGAAGUCUUUGAGUUGAACGACUUCGGUGCUAUAGCCUGCGAAAACUCUAUACAAGCGAAAACAAAGAACUGUGGAUAUAUGUUUUCAGGCGUUCGCAUGGGCGCCCGAGAUGCUCAGUAUGAAGUUAAUGGUAUAUACUAUGUACCCGUUCGCUCCAGCUACCCGUAUGGCAUAACAGAAGUGACUAUUGUGCAGGAAUAA